CCAGUUAUGUGGUGAUUGUGUGCUUGUUUUCGACUAUUUUAAUGAAGUUCUUGAGGAUGUUUUCCAGUGUUAUAUUAGAUGCUCCCCAUGGCUAUCAUCUUAUAAGGCACACAUCCAGGCACCCAAUAAGGAGAACGCUCUGUAUCAUGAGGUUAUGCAACAUAUGGACUGGCCACUCCUGCAGCAGCAACCUCCACAAACGCUUGAUCAUCUUUGUUUGAGAGACUUGAGAUGUAGAACAUGGAUGAAUUAUCCAACAGAAACUGAAGAGAUUGUUACCAUUAUAGCGGAAUCUGUUCUAAGAGAAUUAGUCAUUGAAAGUGUUGUUUAUCUUGGUUUGUGAAGCUUUCCUUUAUCAUGAUAUCGUGAGCCAGAGUUCAUGUGUAGAAUCAGCAGUCUAUUUGAAUAGGAUGUUGUGUAACUCCUUUGGAUCAAUAUGUUACUAAACCUUUCUCUGAUGCCUUACUUUCUGUGCCAUCAAAUUCUAACACAAACGUUCACUGUC